UAUGCUGGUGAUAACGUGUCGUCGCUGUGGGCACCAGAAGCUCAAGACAACCUUUUCAGAGCCUGAGACGCUGAAGAAGCAUCUGGAGGCCUGAGAAAGUUGUCUGAUAGUUCUGCAGGCCUCUGUUGGCUACUGUUGCCAUCAGUGCAGGUCUAUUGAGGAGAGCUUGCCCGUCCUUGCCACCUCUGCAUGCCCUGGUAUGGCCAGUGAAACGUGAAGGAUUCCAGAUCAGGCCUGCGUAUCCACUGACAGAGGCAAUAUUAGGAUACACAUCUUCCUCAGAUCAGGUUUCAAACAGGAUUCCCCCAGGCUAAGACACUUCAAGGGGGGUGUUGAUGUGAGUGCUACGGUAGCUGAAUUGGCCCAAACGGCAGUGGCACUGGACGUGGCAGGAGGAGGACAGGGUGGGAUACUCGGGACGGAUCUGGACGCAACAGGAGUGGCAAAGAAACUGUGAGGGAUGUCUCAUCAGACGGGAAUCCAUGCAACUGCCGAUUUGAGGGAGUUCCUGGUAACAGCAAGGAGAGGAGCUGUCAGAGUUAUGAAGAUUGUCAUAAGGAGCGAGCAGCUGGUGUUGGGGGCAUACAGAGAGCUCGCUCAGAGCUGGGACAGGGACUAUGACCCGUGUGUUCUGCCUCUGCUGGACUCACUGGAGCCCUGCUAUAUCCUGUUCCGACUGGACUCCCAGAACCAGCAGGGCUAUGAGUGGCUCUUCAUUUCCUGGUCACCAGACCAGUGUCUGGUGCGGUUGAAGAUGGUGUACGCUGCCACUCGUGCCACACUGAAGAAGGAGUUUGGUGGGAGUCACAUCAAAGACGAACUAUUUGGGACCACACAGGAGGACGUGUGUUUCCAGGGUUAUCUCCGCCACCUGUCCUCCUGCUCCAGCCCCGCCCCCCUUACCUCAGCCGAGCAGGAGCUUCAUCAGCUCAAAGCAACUGAGGAGGAACGACGACGAGUUGCUGCUCCAUCUGGGAAAGGAAAGGGGAAGACAGAGAUCAGUGUGGAGAGUAAGCAUUCGACUGUGCAGGGUUUGGCCUUUCCGUUACAAGAGGGAGUUAAACGAGCCUUAGAGCAGCUCAAACAGAGACGCAUCAACUACAUCCAGCUAAGACUGGACACUGAGAGAGAGACGAUUGAGCUGGUCCACACUAACCCCACAGAGACCCGCGAGCUGCCAGCCAGGAUCCCUGCCGAUGCUCCUCGCUAUCACUUCUUCUUAUAUAAGCACUCUCAUCAGGGUCAGAGCGUGGAGGCUGUGGUGUUCAUCUACUCCAUGCCUGGAUACAUCUGUAGCAUUAAAGAUCGGAUGCUCUACUCAAGCUGUAAGAACCGACUGCUGGAGGAAGUGGAGAGGGACUACCAUAUAGAGAUCAACAAGAAGAUGGAAAUUGACAGUGGAGAGAGCCUGACAGAAGAAUAUUUAUAUGAAGAAAUCCACCCUAAGCCACAGGCUCUGAAACAAGCCUUCACUAAGCCAAAGGGCCCUACAGGGAAACGGGGGAACAAGCGGCUCAUCAAGGGAGCCGGAGAGAAUGGAGAGGAGAGCUGAGAUGGAUGGGCUGAACCCCCUGUAUAACUGCUUCUCCCAUGGACCCACAGACCCAUGGACUGCUGCUGUCUGAUCUGUUCUGUGACUUUCAUUCUUGCCUGCCUUUAUUUUGGUUUCAUUCACCUGUGUUUCCUGCCUGAUAAACAUUUCCCUGUCGCCCACUUUAUCCCAAGGCCACAAGAGGAUGAGCACCAAAACAUUCUGAUUAUUUUACACGUCACUACUCAAAUAAAACGUGUCUCUGUACAUUUAAA